AAAUUUAAUUCAGUUUAUAAAUUUAAUUUUUUUCAACUAAAAAUUAUCAAAAUUUUUACAUUUUUGUAUCCAAAUAAUUGUGGACUAAAUUACAAUUAAAAAUAUUGAGAAAAAAAAUUGUCUUUAUAAAAAAUGAUUGCCGCUGCAAAAAAUUGUGGUUGUUAUGAUGAUAAAUCAGAUUUCACACAUCAAAAAAUUUCCAAAACUUUUUCAUUAAUUUCAUCUGAAAAUUCAAUUCAAGACUUGGAAAAAUGUGUCUGUCCAAAACCAAGUGAAAAAGGUUAUAAAAAACUUAAAGGUACUUGUGACAUUUGUUGUAAGGGGAAUAAAUCAAAAAAUGAAUGUACAGAAGAUUUGAUCGACGAAAAAAGGAGUAAAGUUUUUUCGGAAAUAGUCGAAAAAGGUUUACCUUAUAAAGAGACUGAGGUGAUUAUAAAUGACAAUCGAAUGAUAAUUCGUGUGCAAAAAGAUUCAAAAACCAAUGAAGAAUGGGAUCCACCAUGUGAAUGUAAUGAAGAAAAUAAAAAAACUCAUUCUAAAGUUGAAAAUAUCGACAACACCAAAAAUAAUAUAAUUUUUCGAAAAGUUGAUUUAAAUCCUUGUCGUACUAUUACUGUUUAUCCACAAGCUGAUUCAGAUGUUCAUACAGAAUCAAAUGUCAUUAAAUCAAAUAAUGAAAUACAAAAUAAGAGAGUGAUGAAAGAAAAAAUGGAAAUUGAAAGACAAAAGAGGGAGGCAAUUUUAAAAAGUCUUGAUAAUGAAGAAAAUCCAAAUAUUUUUCAUCUGAGAAUUAAAAAACAAUGUGAAAACGAUGAAGGAAAAUAUAAUAUUGAUUUAGAAUUUAAAACACCUCGUCCAUGGUUAACAAAACAAAUUGUUGAAAAAUCUUUACCUCUUCCUCAAUCAAUUGUUUCAAAUGUAACAAUAGAAAGUGAGGAAGAAGGCAAGAAGAAGAAAGAAGAAACGGGGAAAAAAGCUAAAAUAAAAAAAGGAGGAAAAAAGAAACACAUGCAUCUCGUUGGCGAACGACUUUCGCGAUUAUAUUGUGCUUUUAAGGUUGUUCCACAACAACUUGCUUAA